AUGGUCGGCUCACCGCCGGACAAAGCGGUGGGCGUCGCGAGCUCCCCUACCUCCGCAACCUUCUUUGCGACUUCUGCAGUACGUGCAUCUCCUCCACAAGCAUCCGCUGAAGCUGAUGCUGACGUUUCUGCGUCUCUACUGGACGCGCCUGUGCACCAGCAGUCGCCCAAACCCACGAACACUGCGGGGUCCCGGAAACGCGUCUUCACCUUCCAGAAGCGAUGGCUACAUUCUCUACCAAUCAUCGAGCGCUCGUUGCCGGACUCAGACACAGAGAACGAGGUACACACCGAUGCGCGCAUGGCGACUGGCGAUCCAUCAGCAAGUGCGGCUGCUUGCGACUCGGACAAGCUCAAGGACGUCAUUGUGUGUAUGCUGUGCGACGAACCAGCGUCGAAGCGCGAGCUGACGAAGGUAUGGAGCCGCCUCAACUGUCGUCGUGGACGCAUUGAGAACCAUUUGAUGAGUAAACACCCCGAGUUUAUGCGGCUGCUCAAGCACAAGCGCGAGGCCGAAGGAGAUCUGGCAGUGCAGAUAUUUUUGCAAAACUUACGGGAUGGCCGGUGCAAUGCACGCACCGAAAUUAAUAAUGGAUUGUACGGUCAAUUGGCGAUUGCGUGUGGUGCUGGUGCUGGUGAUGGUGCGGCUGCUGCUGAUACGGCUGUGCACUCAAGCUCUGCUGCUGUCGAGAACAUGGAGCUCCAGAAACGAGCUCUUGGCGACUACAUGGGAAAUGUCCGUGAAGAGCUGGACCUGAAUCGGAAACGCUUGAAACUCACGGCCUUUUCUGCGCAUGGAAUGGAUGCAGCAGCAAUGGCCUUAUCUCCGUAUUCAGCUGGAAGCAUCGCGAUGUCACGCACCAAUGGAGCGGCCAGUGCUGAUGCAGCUGGCGUGGACAGCUUGGCUUCGUCCGUGCUGUAUCAAGAUGGAAUGAUGUCAGCACAGUGGCAGACGGUAUUUUACAACAAACUGGUGGUGGUGACGGGAGGAGACCACAACGUCAUAACGUCCGUAGCGACCUACUUAUGGCUCAUGGGGGCAAAUGUACUGCUUACUUUUGCCAAUUUGUCAGCAUUAGACGAGUUCAAUGCGAAACAUGUCGGCCGUAUUCCGGACCUGUCCGACAGCGAAGAUAGCCCGCGUGGUGUGUUGCUUCCUAUGUUGGGGCCGUUUCGAACCCGCGCUGACAUUAGCGAGUGGUGCAGCUCAAUCGCUACGAAGUACCAGCGCGUGGACUACCUGAUAAAUUACGCUGGCCCUGAAGUGCUCGAGUCGCUAUUGCUCGAAGACGCCGGAGAAGCCGCUACGAAAAACGAGUGGGCUCUGUCUAGCGCGUCCCUCAUUGAAGCUUUGAGUGAGUCCAUGUCAUCUACGUGCUUCACGGGCCCCGUUACUGGCGAGGACAGCUGGCUUUUGCCCAGCUGCGGUACCAUCGUGAACGUUGCAUCAGCCCAGGACGAUGCUGCUAUCGAGUCACUAGUCAAAGCGUUAGCUGAGGAGCUGCAGCCGCGCAAUAUCCAAGUGAACUGCGUGUUGCUUCCACUCCGGCAGGCAGUCGAUGCUGCGGGUGUUGAGGCUACAGAAGACACAGCAACGCUGACGCAGUCGAUCCUGUUCCUACUAUCGCCGACCAGUCGCCUCUUGUCCGGCAGCGUACUGCGUCUCCAGCAGGACAAGACAUUUGCACCACACGUAUCGUCGAGCACUGCUACUGCAACGGUGCAAACAUCCGGGAGUGACGCGGCCGAUGCUGCUGACGACGCCACGAACUCCCAAUCCAUUUAA